AUGCCUCCCAAGGCCAAGAAGGACGCCGCGCCUGCUGAGCGCCCCAUCCUUGGACGCUUCUCCUCCCACCUCAAGAUCGGGAUCGUUGGGUUGCCAAAUGUUGGGAAAUCAACUUUUUUCAACAUAGUAACAAAGUUGGCAAUCCCAGCCGAGAAUUUCCCUUUCUGUACCAUCGAACCAAAUGAGGCGCGUGUGAAUGUUCCAGAUGAACGGUUUGAUUGGCUUUGCAAACUUUACAAGCCAAAGAGUGAGGUGCCUGCGUAUCUGGAAGUAACUGACAUAGCUGGGCUUAUUAGAGGCGCUCACGCUGGGGAUGGCCUGGGCAAUGCAUUCCUCUCGCAUAUACGUGCUGUUGAUGGAAUCUUUCAUGUCCUAAGAGCAUUUGAAGACGCAGAAAUUACGCAUGUUGAUGAUACAGUAGAUCCUGUUAGAGACAUGGAAACUAUUAGUGAAGAGCUCAGACUAAAGGAUAUAGAGUUCAUGAAAAACAGACUUGAGGACCUUGAAAAGUCAAUGAAGAGGAGCAAUGAUAAGCAGCUCAAAAUUGAGCAUGAAUUAUGUGAGAGGGUCAUAGCCCAUCUUGAGGAAGGGAAAGAUGUCCGUUUAGGAGAUUGGAAAGCUGCUGACAUUGAGAUCUUGAAUACAUUCCAGCUACUUUCAGCUAAGCCAGUUGUCUAUUUGGUGAAUAUGAGUGAGAAGGACUUCCAGAGAAAAAAGAACAAGUUUCUACCCAAGAUACAUGCUUGGGUGCAGGAACAUGGUGGUGAAACCAUACUUCCUUUCAGCUGUGCUUUUGAACAGAAACUAGUGGAUAUGCCAGAAGAUGAAGCUGCCAAAUAUUGUGCCGAAAACCAGAUAACAAGCAUGAUCCCAAAAAUUAUCAAGACUGGUUUUGCAGCAAUUCAUCUGAUAUACUUUUUCACUGCUGGUCCUGAUGAGGUAAAGUGUUGGCAGAUCAGACGUCAGACUAAGGCUCCUCAAGCCGCUGGUGCAAUUCACACUGAUUUUGAAAGGGGCUUCAUAUGCGCUGAGGUAAUGAAGUUUGAAGAUCUGAAAGAACUGGGCAGUGAAUCUGCUGUUAAGGCUGCUGGAAAAUACAAGCAGGAGGGGAAAACCUAUGUGGUUCAGGACGGGGACGUCAUCUUUUUCAAAUUCAACGUGUCUGGUGGCGGGAAGAAGUGA